ACAAAAAACAAAAACCCGAACCUGAAGCCCAUGUCGCUGGUUCUCAUUCUGCUGGUGUUUACCCUUCCGGCGGUGCUGCUCCUUCCUGCAGGCGACCAGGAACCCAACAUUCAACGGGAGUUUUGGACACAGAAGCUGAAUGUUAUUUCCAGCUUCUUUCGCACGUUGGGCGGUGAGGCGGGGACGGAACUUCCGUCCGGCCACCUCUUGCCGUACUGCGGAGCAUGCAAGUUGGCAACUUCUUUCAUCAAGCAGUUCAUUCACGGAGACAGGGCAGAAGACGCCGUGGUCUUCUUGCUGAAGACUGCAUGCAAGUUCUUGGGCAUCUCCACAUCGCGGGUCUGCGACGGCGUCAUCUCCAAAUACAAGGAGGAGGUCCUUUUUGUGCUGAAGCACACGGAGAUGGACUCGGCGGAAAUCUGCGACACGCUGUUCCCGGACGACUGCGAGGGACAUGCUGCUCUCAACUGGACCGUUCAGCUGCCACCGCUGCGGCGAACUGUAACCGGCCCGUUGCCCACACCGAGUAGCGGAGCACCGACGCUGCGAGUGCUGCACCUGAGCGACACGCACGUCGACCCCUUGUACGAGGAGGGCUCUCUGGCUAGCUGCGCCGAGUACGUGUGCUGCCACGCGGACGACGGCCGACCCCACGGGCCGGAUCAGAAGGCCGCCGGACGCUGGGGCACUUUCCAGCAGUGCGACAUCCCUGUCAGGACCUACGAGAGCAUGCUCAGGCACAUCCGAGACACUCAAAAGAUCGACUAUGUGAUUUGGACGGGCGACGUUGUGGCCCACGACAUAUGGAACACCUCUCGCGAGAAAACCCUGGCCAUGAUCGACUACACCAGCAUGUCUCUGGCCGAAUACAUGGGCCCCAGCGUGCCUGUCUACCCAGCCGUUGGAAACCACGAGGGAGAGCCUGUGAACAGCUUUCCACUGCCGGGGAUGGAGGGAAACAUGUCUGCCUCCUGGCUGUAUGACGCGCUGGCCGAUCGGUGGAGCAAGUGGCUGCCGAACCACACAGCCACCACUCUCAAAAGGGGAGGUUUCUAUGCUACAAAAGCUUUUCCUGGACUUAAGAUUGUUUCUCUGAACAUGAAUUACUGCUACAACCUUAAUUGGUGGAUUUUGCUGGAUAUCACAGAUCCUGCAGAGGAACUUCUGUGGCUCGUCGAACAGCUGCAGGAGUCGGAAUCACGAGGAGAAAAGGUUCACAUCAUCGGUCACAUCCCACCAGGAACUGGUGACUGCCUUCAGGUCUGGAGCGAAAACUACAACAAAAUAAUAGUGAGGUUCCAAGACACCGUUCGUGGACAGUUCUUCGGUCACACGCACAUGGACGAACUCAGGCUGUUCUACGACGACGACGACAAGCGGGCCGUGGGCGUAGCCUACGUGGCGCCCAGCGUGACCACCUUCAGUUCGGGACACCCCGCCUUCCGCUUGUAUACCAUUGAUGGGAACUACCCCAACAGCACUUGGACGGUGUUAGACCACGAGACGCACAUCGCGAACCUGACGGAGGCCAACAACAACCUCGAUGACGAACCCGUCUGGGAACUGGAGUACAGGGCGAAAAGCGCCUACGGCAUGUCUUCGCUGCAGCCCCAGGAGUGGGACAGUGUCCUCGCCAAGAUGAAGGACGACUACGAGCUCUUCAACCGCUUCUACCGGUACUACAGUCACCAGAAUCCCCUGGAGGGUAGCUGCAGUACAGCGUGUCGCUUGAAGAUCCUCUGCGAACAGAAAAUGUCGCGAUCAUCCGAUGUACAGUCCUGCUAGCCCGCUCUGACAAAAUAUUAAAAAUCAAUUAUGAGGUAAUUAAAUUUACAACAAAGGUGUAAAAAGCGAGAAAGAAAGCGGUAAUAGCGUGACAGUGUUCCUGCCACCUAAGUUUGACAACCUUACGCGCAGGAAAGUAAUAAAUGUAUUUCAACGGGGAACAGUACGAUAGAACCAGAAAAAAUACUAUGAGUUGGACAAAAGAAAUCGGCACAGCUAAUUCCUGCACAUUGACAAGAAUUCUAAACGCUGAAACUUAGCGCGACACUAUGUUACGAUACGCCAGCUGAACAUUGUCGUUUACAGUACGUUUCCAAACCAAGAGCAGUUUUUUAUGUUUAAUUUUGUUCGCUUGAUACGGGUGUGUAGUUUCUGGAAUUCAUUAGUUAAUAUCUUGUUGUGCCCAAAUAAACAAUUUCAUCUUA